GGUGAGAUGCGUGCUCCCGCAAACCUUCUCUCGGGAUUUAACCAGCAGGGAAUCAAAUCAAUCCAAUCCUGGAGCCUCAAAGCUCGCAGGAGUCGUGUGCGCCCCGCACUUCUACCGGAAAAAUGCGCGGGCGGGGCAAGAGCUGAGCGAGGCGCGCCAGCGCCACGUGCUGGAACCUCACAGCUGAGCCCAACGGGAAAGAGCCGGGAGACAUCAGGGAAGGGGGAAUAAGAGGAGUGGGAAAAAAAAAAAAAACACACACACACAAAAAAAAAAAAAAAAAAAAGUAGUGCUAUCCGGAGCUCAUGGGGCCCAAGGACCGCUGUGCUCCGGCCGGGGUACCCCACUGUCCCGGCUGAGGGACCCAGAGACCGUCGCCCCCAGAGGUCCCCGCCUCCGGCCCGCGGCCGCCGCGCGCCGAUUGGCGGCCGGGUCGCGCUGCAAAGCGGCCGGCGAUUGGCGGCCGUGGGGGCCGCGCUGUAAAGCGGCCGGCGAUUGGCGGGCGGGCGGGCGCGUGCGGGCGCUGCCCGGCUUUGUACACGCGCGGCCCUUUAACAAUGGGCGCGGCGCACGGCGCCGCGUGAUGGCGGCGGAGCCCCGGGGCCGCCGCGCCGAGCUCGGGUGUCCCGGGCCGUGCCCCGCCGCCUCCCCCGCGGCCGCGACUUCCGCGACCCCCUCGUUCGGCUGUGCUCCCCGGCGGGAGGGGGCGGCUUAACGAGCCGCACUUGUGCCCCGCAUGGCGGCCAGCUGGGCCGGGGGGCCGGGGACGCCCCGCGGCAGCUGAUCGCGGUUAACCGAGGGCGAGCCAGAAAGGGGCGAGGGUAGCGCUGCCUGUCCCGCUCUCAGCGAGUGCCGCUUCCUCCCCGGUGCCCGGACCCGGGCGCCGCGCCGCGCCGCCGAUGGAGUUGGAGGCGCAGUGGUGGACAGGACAGCUGGCGGCCGAUAUCCACCAAGCGCUUCGAUACAAGGAGCUGAAGCUGCCCUCUUACAAAGGCCAGUCUCCCCAGCUACACCUGAGAAGAUACUUUGCUGACCUGAUUGCCAUUGUGAGCAACAGGUUCAGACUCUGUCCUGCUGCACGACAUCUGGCUGUGUAUCUGCUGGACCUCUUCAUGGACCGCUACGACAUAUCCACACAGCAACUGCACGUGGUUGCUCUUUCCUGUUUGCUUUUAGCAAGUAAAUUUGAAGAAAAGGAAGACAGUGUUCCCAAACUUGAACAGCUGAACAGCUUGGGUUGUAUGACUAACAUGAAUUUGGUACUAACAAAACAGAAUUUGCUUCAUAUGGAGUUGUUGUUGUUAGAAACAUUUCAGUGGAAUUUGUGCCUCCCAACUGCUGCUCAUUUCAUCGACUAUUAUCUUUCUAUUGCUGUCCAUGAGACCGAUCUUCAUGAUGGCUGGCCAAUGGUUUGCUUAGAGAAGACUAAGUUAUACAUGGCAAAAUAUGCUGAUUACUUUCUGGAAGUAUCAUUGCAAGAUCAUGAAUUUCUAAAUUAUGCCCCUUCUUUAGUCGCUACUGCAUGUGUAGCUUCUUCAAGGAUUAUCUUGCGUCUCUCACCCACGUGGCCCACACGGCUGCAUCACCUGACUGCCUACUCCUGGGACUUCCUGGUGCCAUGUAUUGAGCGACUCUUAAUUGCACACGAUAACGACGUGAAGGAAGCAAACAAGCAGAAAGGACAACAGACUCAGUCUGCCCAACACGCUGUGUUUCAGCCCCCAGCUCCAAGUGCUCAGCAGCACGUACCACAGUAUCUGCAGGCUCAUCAGUCUUCCUUACAGUACCACCACUCAGCAUCCCAACAGCAAAGCUGCCAGCAGAUAUUAUCAUCCACUCACACAGCCUCUUACCCACUCCAGACUUGCCCUGCUGCCUUACAGACCAGUGCUCAGGCUCGAGGCCAUGGACAGAGUGGCACUGCCAUGUCUCUGGCUGUACCACUGGAAGUGAAGCCGUGUAUAAGUGUCUCCUACAACCGGACGUAUCAAGUGAAUGGACGAUAUUCCUGUAUUACUCCCUGCUUUGAGAGGUGAUAAGUACAAAACACUUUGUGCUUAUUUGUUUGGGGUAGAGAGUUGUGUGGAAAAUUGUUUCAUUUUUUUGUUAAACCUCAAAAAAAGUUUGAGGGCAAAAAAUGGAAUUAAAAAAGGUGUCUUCCCAGAAAAAAAAAGCAACUGGAUUGGCAACUGCUACCACAGCUCAAAUAACAGCCUGCAAAAAGUUAGCACACACAGACCAUCCUCUGAAAAAGAAUCUGUAUGCUUGGGGAUAAUACAUUCUAACUCUGACACUCAGAAUAUUCUGCCUCUAAUGUGUGUCUAUGAAAUACUACUCAAAAGAAGAACAGCUGUGGACUAACUACAGACUUAUCUUUUAAUGAAGGAGAUAUGCAGUAUUAUUUUGAAGAUGUUUGUCAUCCCACCGUACAGUAUUAACACUUACUUUAUACUAACUGAAAUUUAAGAAUCCACUGAAUGCCAGACUUCUACAGGUACAUGGAGAUCACAGGAAGAAACAAAUCUCAUGUGGAUAACUCCAUACUCAUGCCCCCUUUUCACCACUUGUGUUGGUUAUUUGCUUUAGGCUAACACACAUGAAUUAACUGGUAUUUUGGAUAGUUUUUUAAGUUUUGUACCUUACAAGAUAGACAAUAUAUUUUUGCCUCUUUUAAACUCCCUAUCUUUUUUGUGUUUAAAGUAACUCUUUCAUACUAACUCAGGGACUUUUCUACUCAUUACACUGUGCUGCUGGUUUGUACACUAAUGGGGUAUAACUCGGGGAAGGAAGGCAGAGAGGGAAGAGACUAUAGCAAAUGGGGAGUGGCUUUUCUUCAGGGCAUCUAUGCAGAGUACCAAAGGGAUAUCUUAGUGUUCACAGAAUGUAGAUGUGAACUACUGCCCAGCAGUGUGAUAAUGGAAGAAAAGAGAAAGUUUCAGCUGAACUUAUACUGUACAAGAACUACUACCGUGGCUGUGAAUCCUCUGUGUACACGCACACAAACACACAAAUAUUAUUAACAAACAGAAAGCAUCCUCCAGUUGUACUGACAGUAUCAUUCCUACAGAAAUAGUACUGUUAAAUGCUGACAGAAAUCCAGUUCUGUCAUGCUUACAGUGGAGGGAAAUUCUCAGGUAAUAAAGGGGCAACUUUUUCUUCUACUAUUUGGGAGUUCCAGAAGAAGAUGUAGAGAUUUGCUCUUCCCAAGUGGGUGGAUCAAGUAUAUUUUGCAGAGUGAACUGCUUCAUCACAAGUAAGGUGCUAAUUACAUAACUUUAUGGAAUUACAUUAUCUCCUGUGGAGUGGAUAGUCUGAGGGUAGAAAGCUUCACUCAUCCACCUCUUGGAUGAAAAUUAUGGUAGAGAUAUUAAUGGAGAUGGUUUUUGGGAUUCUUUGUGUGUUUGUAAUUUUUUUUUUUUUGGGGGGGUGGUCGGUUGGUUUGUUUUUGUUUUGUUUGGGGUUUUGAGUUCGUUUGUUUUGUUGUGCUUUUUAAAUACAAGAAGAUAUCAGACUUUCUCCUGUGGUAGAAGUGGUAUGAAUGACAGGAUUCUUACUACUUUUAAUUAUCUUUAUAGUAUAUGGGCUUAAGGCUAUUUCUGAUAGUUUCAUUUGUUCUUUUAUCAUCUUCUCCCCUGUCUUAGUAGCAGCACUUAAAAUUGUGUACCAUCAAAUGACACUGAAUUAUUGUGAAUCUUACAGAAACUGUUUUGAAAGCAGGGGCAAUGAUAUUAUCAAUAUGAAGAUGAAGGCUUUAUCACCAUAAAGUUCAGAAUAGAGGGAGGACAGCUGUGUUCAUUCUUUCUGGGGCUAAAUUAUAACAGGCUACAAAAACCUAUUUAUUGUUGAGGAGAAGAAAUCCUAUUUCUCUUGUUUUGUCUUUUAAAUCCCAAUUUUUGUUGUGGGCUUUUGUAGCAUAGAUGUGCAAGUCAAGAAGAGUAGGAGGGUGAAUGAAAAGGUGACCCUCUCCCUUUUAUCCUAGAGAAUCAACUUUGAAAUAGGCAUAGUGUGGUCAAUUCCUUACUAAAAUGCAAGUUGGUUUGGUUAUUUUUCCUCUCUUUUCUUCAUGUCUUAAUAUUUCCCUUUGUCUGAGGGUAAUGUUAAAUAGAGACUUUCCACCUCAUAAGAUGCCAUGCUUUUUAUUCAGCACUGUUAUCCAUUUUAGAGGGAAAUGGACUUCUGCUGGUUUCAUUUUGUUGCAAUGCUGUAUCCAAGUCCUCAGUGCUCUAACUACCUCUGAUGCUAUGAAUGUACAGUCUUGUAAUAGACCAUGACUUGAAAUAACAGCAGAUGCCUGUAGCAAUUUUUUUUCUGUAAAAUCUUUAAGUCGGCUAACUUGUCAUUUUUUUUUGUGACACAGCAGUAUAGGCUUUUCUUUUUGGGGGUCUUAGUAAAUUUAUCCCAUAGGCAUUCGAUAUAUAAAAAUUUAACUAAUACUUAACACUGGAAUUAUAAUGGGUGGGGGGCUUAUUCAGUUAGUUAAUACCACAGAUUUACAUUGAAUAGGGUAUUUUUUAUUUUACUAUUUUAAGACAUUAGGUCAAUUGUAAAAAGAUCCACUACAUGCUGUUUGUUUUUAAUUUAUUACUUAGUCUGAGUUUUUUUCUGACACUACAGCUGCAUCAUGACUACAGAGAAAAUGUACACUGAACAGUUUCAAUCUAUAUUAUUUAAAAGGGCUUUAUCAGUGUACAUUAGAUAUACACUGUUCUUACUAUUAGAACCAAAAUGUGUUUUUUAUGGCAUAUAAGAAUGGUGCUUCUAAAUGCAAAAUGUCCAAAACAAUGGAAUCUUUGUGAGUGCUAUGCAUUCAACUUAUUUUUUAAAAUAAAACUAGUUUUGAGUAAGAAGGCUCUGGUGUGUAUUAUGCUUUAUAUUAUGUGGGUUUUUUUUUUUUAAUAUGUAAACUGUCUUGCCGUGUGUAUGGGCUGAAGCUGUAGAGACUUCCUUUUCUCCCUCCCCCCUUGUUUUCUGUGACAUAUCAUAAGCUUCAGGAGCACUCAGACUUCACAAUUG